UCCUCCUCCUCCUCCUCCCGGCUGCGGGGGACGGGCUGACGGACAGACGGACAGACAGACAGACGGACUCGCGUCUGUCCGGGCAGGACAGUGCAGGGCAAAGCGCCCGGGGAUGGCGCUGGGACGGAAGGUGCCGGAGAAAAGCCGACAUCAUUAAGCGGAGCUAAACGAAAGCAGAUGCCGGAGGGAGCCGGGGCUUUCCAAAACGCGAUCCGAGCGCUGGGAGCCGCCGCGGGGACACGACACCGGGGGGGUGGGCACAAGAAGCGGCACAGGCCGAUCCCGGUGGGGUCAGGACGGUGUUUCCCCAUCUCAGCGCACAAAGAACCGAGCUGCCGUCCCGUAGUUGCGCACCGAUGGGGCUCAGCUCACGCUGAGGGUCUCCUGCCCCCUCCUCAAUAAGCACAGCCCCCAAUAACCCCGCGGCUCCGACCCGUCCCUUCAAUCCGCCCCCAAAGCACCGGGCAGCUCAGGGGCCGCACCCGGAGCCCCAUAGAGCUGCCGUUUGGGGAUGGUCCCCCCCGAACUUCCACCCCGAGCCGCCCCACAGCCCCGGGUUCCUUUGCCCCCCCGUGAGCCGCAGCCGUCGGGGCCGUGUGGGAGGCAGCUCCGCGGGCGGCCCCCGAAGGGUUAAUGCCUCUCGUCUGCCCCAUUAGCACCGAUAGGGUCACGGCGAGGGGGAGGAGGGGAGGAGCCUCCCGGGGGUGCCCCAAAGCUGCCCCAGCCCCGACUCCGGGGCGCAGGGGGUGGCCGUGCGUACCCCGUGUGUAGGCAGCGGCCGUGCCCCACACUUAACGGGGGGCACGCUGCGGGGGGCAGGAGAACCCCCCAUAGACACUGCUAUAGCCCCCCACACACACACACCACCAUAACCAUAUACACACACCCCGGGACCCCCGGCUUGUAGCGAGUGGCCGCCAGGUCCCGGCAGGUGACGCACAGCGGGAGCUCCGGGCCGGGGGGUGAGGGGGGCUCCGGAGCUGAGGAAGGGUUAACCCCCCCCCCCAGCCCCCCCGGGCGAUGCAGGUAGGCCGAGCCUGCGGGGCGCGGGGCGGCGCCUGGCUGCCCACCGCCCUAUAAAGCCCCGCGCUCGGGCCCCACUCGCGCCUUAUGAUGCACAUGGUGCCGGCGGGGGCCGCGCUCGGUCCUUGAGCCCCGUCGGGCUGUGCGGGUACGGGGACCCCCCCCCCAAACGGCGAGCUGCCCCCCGGCCCAGCCGGGGCUGUGGCGUGCGGCGGGGCCGAGCUCGGCGGGGCCGGCUGCUCGCCAUGUCCUUCGCCAUGCUGCGCCCCGCGGCCGGCCGCUACCUGUACCCCGACAUCAGCAUGUUGUCCGAGGACGAGGAGAACGGCAGCGAGAGCUCGGGCUCCGACGAGAAGCCCUUCCACAUGGUGGACGCCGACGGCUUCGCCAUCAAAGCCGGCAAGAGGAGGAGCGGUAAGAAACCCGGGCGGCUGCACCGCGAGCCCCGGCAGCGGCACACGGCCAACGCCAGGGAACGGGACCGGACCAACAGCGUCAACACGGCGUUCACGGCGCUGCGGACCCUCAUCCCCACCGAACCGGCCGACAGGAAGCUGUCCAAGAUCGAGACGCUGCGCCUGGCCUCCAGCUACAUCUCGCACCUGGCCAACGUGCUGCUGCUGGGCGAGGGCUGCGAGGACGGGCAGCCCUGCCACACCAGCCCGGCUUUCUUCCAUCACGGAGCAGGAGGCGGAAGCCCCCCGAGCAGAGACAACGAGAACUCCCAGCCCAAACAGAUCUGCACUUUCUGCCUCAGCAACCAGAGGAAGCUGAGUAAAGACCGCGACAGGAAGACGGCGAUCCGGAGCUAGGCGCUGCUGGGAAAGACGGCACGGAGGAGCGGAAGGACGGACAGAAGAGCCGCACACAGCGACCCAUGGACACACUCCCGCCUUCACCCCGCUGCCAGGGACAGGACCCUGCCCCUAUGGGGCCAAUGGGGCCGGGCUGUGGGGCCGCCCCGCUGGGACUGAGCCACGCUGGGGACGCUGCCGCCGGGACCCACCGCUGCCCGUGCUGUCCCGUCCAGCUUUGAGCCACGCCAUCCCCUGAACUGAGGCCUGGGGUGCUGCAUUUGUUGAGUUUAAUCAAUACAUGCUGGUGUUUCAUGUCAUUGAUACGAUAAUAUAAAGCCUGAGCAGCUCGUAUCAUUAAAGAUGAGUACGGUUCAGAGCCAA